UCAGUUGGGUCGAUUCAAGGAUUGUCAAAAACGCAAAGCAAUCAUUGUCAGAAUCAGCUGGUUUUACAAAAUAAAGAAUUUGUCGGUGGAAGUACUUGGUGCAGAGGAGAGAGUUCCUGUUUUUGUUAUUGAAGAAUUAAGGAAAUUAUGGGAAAACUAGAGGAAAUUCAUGUUUUACAAGGCCACAAAGGACGAAUAUGGAGUGGCGCUUGGCAUCCACGUGGCAACGCAUUUGCUACAUGCGGAGAAGAUAAGACUAUUCGAAUUUGGUCAAUGGAUGGAAGCGAGUGGAUCACAAAAACAAUCUUGUCGGAUGGCCACACUCGUACAAUCCGUGAGGUGGCUUGGUCACCGUGUGGACAAUAUUUAGCAUCAGCAAGUUUUGAUGCAACAACUGCAAUUUGGAGCAAAACCUCAGGUGAAUUUGAAUGCAACGCUACAUUAGAAGGGCACGAAAACGAAGUAAAAAGUGUUAGCUGGUCGCGAACAGGAUCGCUUCUGGCGACGUGCAGUCGAGAUAAAUCGGUUUGGAUUUGGGAAGUAGCUGGCGAUGAUGAAUUCGAGUGCGCAGCUGUUCUCAACGCACAUACACAAGACGUGAAAAAAGUUGCUUGGCAUCCGCGGCAAGAUAUAUUAGCCUCGGCUAGCUACGAUAAUACGAUAAAUAUAUACAAGGAGAACACAUUGGACAGCGAUUGGGAAUGCACUGCCACAUUGACAUCACACUCGUCGACAGUGUGGGGUAUCUCAUUUGACGCCACCGGCAAUCGCUUAGCUUCUUGCAGUGACGAUAAAACCGUAAAAAUUUGGCAAGCAUAUGAGCCGGGAAAUGAAGAAAAUAUUCCAACUCCCGAUAAUCAAACAGUCUGGAAAUGCGUUUGUACGUUGUCGGGAUUUCAUAGUCGGAGCGUUUAUGACAUUGCGUGGUGUAAAUUAACAGGGCUAAUUGUUACAGCUUGCGGAGACGAUGCAAUUCGCAUCUUCAAGGAGGACGACAAUUCAUCGAAGAACGAACCAACGUUUAGUUUAGUUUGUACGAUGCAUAAAGCGCAUGAACAAGAUGUUAAUACAGUAACAUGGAAUCCUGUAACUCCCGGACAAUUGUUAUCAACUAGCGACGAUGGUACUAUAAGGAUUUGGAAGUUUAUAGAAUAAAUUUAUAUAAAAUUGAAAAAAAUCGACGCUUUUCUUUCACCCUUUUAUCUAUACAGUAUGGAAAGUUCGUAUUCGUACAGUUGGUAUUCUUCUAGAGGAAGGAAAGAU